AUGUCGAAUCUGCAAUCACAUCAGCGCCAGCAUAUGAAGGGCAAACCUCACCGCUGUGAGAACUGCUUCAUGUCCUACGACACCAAAGAAGAUCUCGAUUUGCACGUUCAAGCCAAGCACGCUGGAAAUCGAUACGCUAAAGUAAUGUUGAUAAUUACAUAGAUAACACCACUUACUUGUACAUUCAAAGUAGCCACUGUGCGUAUAUUCUAAAAAAUUUAAACCGGUUUCCUUUUGUAGGUGCUUGUGUGCCCGGCCUGUUCAAAGAGCUACAACUCGGAAACCUAUCUGUCCAAGCACAUGGAAAGGCACAAAGAGGCAGUCACAAAUUCCAGUGUCGGCCGCCUGGGUCUUAACAGCUCGGGUGCUCUUGGUGCGCUCAGUGGAUUUGUGAACCCCGGUCGAGGUCGCAGCGGAAGCACCGGAGACCUGCACGACGAGAUCCAACACUACCCUGAACUACACCAUCUACAACAUGCCGCCGCAGCUGCAGCCGCCGCCUCCUUUAUGCCGCAUUCGGAAUCGAGCCUCCUGCACCACCUGCCACCGGGCUUACAGGGUCAAAACGCUGCUCACUUGGUCGCGGCUGCAGCCGCACACAAGUCGGAGCAACAGGCAGGACAACAGGGUCAUCACACUGCAGGUGGCGGAGGUCUCAUAGAACAGUCCCAGCACCACGUCUCACCCUCCUCCUCUUCUUCCGGCCGCAUGUCUGUGGGCCACACACCCUAUCCCCAACAGCAGCAGCAACAACAUCACCAGCAUCAUCAUCAGCAGAUACUCGCUGCAGCAGCCGCUUCGCAUCAUUUAGCCAGCUCCUACGCCGGCACCGGCCAGAUGCCAGCCUUCCUCAACAAACCGCCCUCACUGGAGGAGUGCAUGAAUGCGGAGGAGUUGGUAGCCUCUGGUUUGCGACAUGUGGCUCGAUUCUCAGACAGCAAGACGGGGUUUCAGUCUCUGGCAGCCGCGGCAGUGGUCACUUCGCCCACACCACAGCCACCGCCAAUAGCACAUCAGCAAACACGCGGAGGUCAAAUGAUUGGUGAUCCAUCACCAAGACAGCAGGAUAACUUCCAACAGUACUGUCGGUCACCGGCUGAGGACCAGCAUCAUCCACAGCAGCACACGGACUCAGCUGACAGCCUAGACGGCCGUUCACAGUCGCCGGGUUUCCGAGGUCCCCCUAAAGAGACCGGGAUAGGUGAUAAGAGGGUACGAAAACCCCCGUUAGAAGCUUGGGAACAGCAUGUCGUCAGUGGUGGCCAGAUGCCAGAGAGCGCACGUAUCAACAGCAUGGAGUCAUCCGCGACUGGCACAGUAACCGGAUCCACCUCUUCUCAUCUGGGUGCCGAUGAGGCUGUCGGUUGUCGAUCACUCGGUUUCUACUCACAUCUUUCGGCUGCCAAGCGUUUAAAGCCAGAUCCAGAUGAAUUAGAGGAGGAGGAGGAUAAUCCCCGACACCUGACUGUUUCCGAUCAAAAGGACUGUAGCAGGGCCGGAAAGCGCAUCAGCUUAGACGAGAGUAGCGCCGUCAGCGGCGGCAGCAGCAGCAGCAGUAGCAACCACCAGCGAAACUUUGGGACGGAAUUUCUCCGCCGUUCGGCACCCAAUUCGGCAUCUUCUUGCACCGCCGAUACGCUCUUCCAUUCGCGCUCCCACCAAGAGUAUAACCCUCAGCGACAACAGCAGCAGCACCAUCACCAUCCUCAACAACAACAACAACAGCAACACCAAAUGACUAACCUUCCACAGGAGACGAUGACCCAUACAGUGGAGAACGUGGUGGACAAACUGGCCAAAUUUUUUCCGCUGGUCGGAGCUGGCGGAGCUGACAAACGGAAUGUGAACACAUCGGUGCGAGACCUGCGCAUUGAGGCCCUGUUAGCGGGUUUCCAAGGACAGGCGCAAGAUGCGCGUGGCGUGCUACCCGGGACGAAUGACGAAGAGGAUGAGGACGAUGAAGCCGACGAGGAGGAGGAGGAAGAGGAGAUAGAAGAGGAGAGGCGUACAAAACUCUCCACUGGCCAUCUAGCCCAUGCAUCCAGAACUGACAAGGGCAGUGGGAGUCAGCUUUCUUCCUCAUACAGAUCGGAGUCUGUGUCGACAACUGCAAAAAUCCCAGCGGUAGCAUCUUCGCCGUCUAUGGAAGACUUCAGGACAAGUAGUCAGCAGCCAGUCGGACAGAGUGCUCGAGCAUUCAUGGAGGAGGAUAUCCGUAACGAAAGGUCCCAUGGCAGUGUCCAGAAGGUCCCUGGAUCCAUUAAUUUUGUUCAGCGUCAGUCUAGUGUGGUCGGAGGUUCUCCGUCACCUGUGCCACCCUCCUCCUCGCCUGUUUACAGCACAGAAGAAUCCCGGUACGGCAGAGGGCUACAGAAUCAGGCUAAUGGCCAAUUUUUCCAGCGUUCUGGAUUCUUCGAGAGUUCAAAGCUAAGUGACACUGGUUCCGGGAGUCAGACCUAUGACCCUACCAACUCCACGCCCUCCACUCCUCCUCCUCCUACUACUAAGGAGUCAGAUGAGAACAGCUUCUGUGAAGCCCUCGGACAUCGUCACGUCCCUUUCGGUCAUAGCGGGAAACUCGGUCUCACUGUGCAUGGGUCUCCUCUGGCCAGAGAUCUGUCUGGUAAGAGCGCCGAGAGCAGUCUAGAGGAACAGCAGCAACAACAGGAUCAGCAGCAGCAACAGAGCAGAAGCCGAGGCGGCAUAAAUUUUCUCUCCUUUCCCGACCAAUAA